GGGCAUGGGGCAUCACAUCCAAGCGAAUCCAUACGUGCCCGAGCCUGUCCAUCCCUGCCCGUCCUUUGCUUCUCCAAAUUAAUUCCCUCUUUUUCUCCCCCAGUUGCCGAAGCAGCAACAGGAAGAGCUUAGUGGUAGGCACCCCUUCGCCAACCCUCUCGCGGCCUCUAUCCCCCCUCUCUGUGCCGACAGCCGGGAGCAGCCCCUUGGACAGCCCACGCAACUUCUCCGCCAGCACCUCCAUCAACUUCCCCUUUGCUCGCAGCCAUGCUCCUCGGACUGACAGGGCUGAUGGCAGAAGGUGGUCACUGGCUUCGCUCCCCUCCUCUGGCUAUGGGACCAACACCCCCAGCUCCACUGUCUCGUCGUCUUCGUCCUCCCAGGAGCGCCUGCACCAGCUGCCGUACCAGCCCACCCCCGAUGAGCUGCAUUUCCUUUCUAAGCAUUUCCGCAGUACGGAGAGCGUCACGGACGAGGAGGGGCGGCACUCGCCCUGCCUGCGUCCGCGAUCCCGGAGCCUCAGCCCUGGACGGACGAGCGGGACGUUUGAUAAUGAGGUGGUGAUGAUGAACCAUGUCUACAAGGAGCGGUUCCCCAAGGCCACGGCUCAAAUGGAGGAGCGUCUGCAGGACACCAUCACAAACUUCUCUCCAAGCAGCACCCUGCCACUGGCAGAUGGGGUCCUGGGCUUCAUCCACCACCAGAUCAUCGAGCUGGCCCGGGACUGCCUGGCAAAGUCCCAGGGAGCUCUCAUCACCUCCCGCUACUUCAUGGAGCUGCAGGAAAAACUCGAGAAGAUGCUCCGAGAUGCUCAGGAGCGUUCAGAAAGUGAGGAGGUGAAGUUCAUCGACCAACUGGUGAGGAAGCUGCUGAUCAUCAUCUCCCGUCCUGCUCGCCUUCUGGAGUGCUUGGAGUUUGACCCGGAGGAGUUUUACCAUCUCCUGGAAGCUGCAGAAGGCCAUGCCAAAGUUGGCCAAGGAAUAAAGACCGAUAUUCCUCGAUACAUCAUCAGCCAACUGGGGCUCGUUAAGGACCCGCUGGAGGAGAUGGUCCAGCUGGAUCACUUCGACAGCGGGAACACCAUCACGCCAGAGAACGAUGACGCCUGUGAGAGCCAGCCUUUGGCCACCGCCCCUCGGAGGAGACCCUGCGAGGCGGACUUUGAGACCAUCAAACUGAUCAGCAACGGGGCUUAUGGGGCUGUGUACCUGGUGAGGCACAGGGAGACGCGGCAGCGCUUCGCCUUGAAGAAAAUCAACAAGCAGAACCUGAUCCUGAGGAACCAGAUCCAGCAGGUGUUCGUGGAGAGGGACAUCCUCACCUUCGCCGAGAACCCCUUCGUGGUCAGCAUGUUUUGCUCCUUCGAGACCAAGCGGCACCUCUGCAUGGUGAUGGAGUAUGUGGAAGGGGGGGAUUGUGCCACACUGCUGAAGAACAUGGGUCCACUGCCCGUUGACAUGGCAAAGAUGUACUUCGCCGAGACCGUUCUUGCACUGGAGUAUCUCCACAACUACGGCAUCGUCCACCGCGACCUCAAACCCGACAACUUGCUCAUCACCUCCAUGGGCCACAUCAAGCUGACAGACUUCGGUCUGUCGAAGAUCGGCCUGAUGAACAUGACCACCAACCUCUAUGAAGGGCACAUGGAGAAGGACACCCGGGAGUUCAUGGACAAGCAGGUGUGUGGCACUCCCGAGUACAUCGCCCCAGAAGUCAUCCUCAUCCAGGGCUACGGGAAGCCCGUCGACUGGUGGGCCAUGGGCAUCAUCCUCUACGAGUUCCUGGUGGGCUGCGUCCCCUUCUUCGGAGACACCCCCGAGGAGCUCUUCGGGCAGGUCAUCAGUGAUGAAAUUAUGUGGCCAGAAGGGGAUGAGGCUCUUCCUGCGGACGCCCAGGACCUGAUCACACGGUUGCUGAGGCAGUGUCCCCUUGAGCGCUUGGGAACUGGGGGUGCGCACGAGGUGAAGCACCAUUCCUUCUUCCUCCACCUGGACUGGAAUGGGCUGCUGCGGCAGAAGGCCGAGUUCAUCCCCCAGCUGGAGUCGGAGGACGACACCAGUUACUUCGACACUCGCUCCGAGCGGUACCGCCACUUGGAUUCAGAAGAUGAAGAAACCAAUGACGAGGAAUCAUCCGUGGAGAUUGGACAGUUCUCCUCCUGCUCCCAUCGCUUCAGCAAGGUGUACAGCAGCUCUGAAUUCCUAGCGGCUCACUCUAACCUCAGCCUCUCGUCCUCCGAGCGGAGCCACAGCGAUGAGAAAGAGGAACGAUGGGACAGGCACUCGGGAGAUGAGGACAGGAACCGGUUGGCGGGCACAGAGCCCCGGCUCCGCUCCUGGACAUCCUGCAGCUCCACACCAUACAGCUCCCGGCACGAGCGCAGCUGCAGCCCUGCCGCACUCUCCAGCACCUACAGCCUGGACACCAUGCCCAAGUUUGCCUUCUCCUCGGAGGAUGAAAGCCCUUGCGUGGUGGGCUCCAAGCCGGAGAGACCCAAGUUUGUGCUGGGAGACCCCGACGUGGGCACUGGCAGCGUGGUGAAGCCAUCAGCGCUAUCUGCCGAUCUUGUCAGCCUGAACCGCAUCCGCCUCCGAAGCAACAGCACUGGCACCAAAAACUCGGCUCCCCGGGGCCUGGAGCCAGGUGGGAGCCACCGACUGAGCAGCCAGAAGGACGUCCCAGACAGACAGAGAGCCUCGCCGGGUGGCCGUGUUCCCAAAUCUGCCUCCGUCUCAGCCCUGUCCCUCAUCAUCACAUCAGAUGACUUCGGCGGCGGUGCCCUGAUGAGCCCCAUUUCCCCCCAUUCCCUCUCCUCCAACCCCUCUUCCCGGGAUUCCUCCCCAAGCCGAGACUCGUCCCUCGCCAUCGCCAGCCUGCGAGCCCCCAUCAUCAUCCACAGCUCGGGCAAGAAGUACGGCUUCACCCUGCGAGCCAUCCGCGUCUACAUGGGUGACAGCGACGUCUACACUGUCCACCAUAUGGUCUGGAGUGUGGAAGAGGGGAGCCCGGCACAAGAAGCGGGGCUGAGAGCGGGCGAUCUCAUCACACAUGUGAAUGGCGAAUCAGUGCUGGGUUUGGUUCACCGGGACGUCGUGGAGCUGCUGCUGAAGAGUGGAAAUAAAGUGGCCCUGCGGACCACAGCCCUGGAGAACACCUCCAUUAAAAUCGGCCCCGCUCGGAAAAACAGUUCCAAGACCAGGAUGGCACGGAGGAGCAAGAAGAGCAGGAAAAGGGAUGGCCAGGACAGGAGAAAAUCCCUCUUCAAGAAGAUCUCCAAGCAAUCGUCGGUCCUGCACACCAGCCGCAGCUUCUCCUCCGGCCUCCAUCACUCGCUGUCCUCCAGCGAGAGCCUCCCAGAGUCCCCCACGCACAGCCUGUCCCCAGGCCCCACCACACCGUGCCGCAGCCCUGCGCCCGACCUGCCCCCAG